GUUGAACUCGCGUCUUUGGCCGAGCCAGUCGUAAUGACUUCCGCAAACAGUUCCGCUCUUCUUCUUAUCCUCCCCCGUCCUCCGUUCUAGCGUCAUAACACCCGUUUUAUGCUUUUCGACGCUCACACGCUGCAAGAUCUGUUGCUGUGCUGGUUGGCCGAUGACCGCUAGCAUCGCCGUUGCGAAAUAUCCCUUCCCAGCUCGUCUUCACUGUGCUACCUCUCCAUACUUAGUGCCUACUACUCACUUUUGGCAGCAACAAACCAUCCCAGCAGUCCAGAGUGCACUUCAUCGGACGUCUGCCUGCAACUCGAGUCCGCUCGUUCUACAACUAGCCACAACUAUGCAGGAGCACGAGGAAGGAAAUCGAUUAAACGGAAAGGAAACGGUAGGUUCAGAGUCAGCAGGACAUCAGAAGGAUAUGAAAGUAUCUAGACCGGAACGGAAACGUCACGCUUCAAACGGAGAAUGCAACGAAAACAAAAUACCAAAAUCUUGUGUUUUGCAGCCUCUUCUUCUCCCCAAAGAUCCAGAAGACUGGGGAAAGGAGCACGUGCAGCAGUGGCUGAAGUGGACUCAGGAUGAAUUCAGUCUUCCCGAGCCGGUGAAUCCUCACGCUAUCGAUUUGGACGGCAAACAACUAGUUUCUCUGACGAAAGACGAUUUCAUCAAUCUAACUAGUGAAUCGACAGGAGACAUAAUUCACGGACACCUAACUGUGCUACGUAAAGCUGCUCUUGCCAGUCAGGGGAAGGUAGACGGCCAGAGAAGCAGCAAAGAAGGUACUCCAGAGAAACAGCUGACAGUCAGUCCAAGUCGACAGAAAAGGAACAGUCCUAGAGAAAGUCCAAAGUCGAAAGGCAAUACUUGUGUACAGACAUUACAGCAAGAGAACGGUGUACGAGCACUACCAAGUACUCUGGUGGUCAACCCAAGUCUUGCUAUGACUAAUGCUCAGAUCCAAAACACAGUGACUACAGCACUGUCACAUCCCAUUCAACUGACUGCUUCUGCAGGAUUACCAGUACAGACAGGAAUGGCAGGACUUGCAUUCCCGAGGCCAAUGGUGGCACGUGCAUAUUCAGUAGAUGGCACUGUCUCAUAUAUACAUCCUGCUACUGUUGGUGGUGUACCUGCUUACGGAUCAACACACAGAGCAAUCUAUCACCCUGCACAAGGGGUACAAUUUGGAACAGUUGUUCCUCAGCCACUGGCUUAUGAUCCGAUGACAUGGAUGGCAAUGUCACCACGUUUAAAUCCUCCUUAUGUGUCUCCUGAUCAAAUGGUUGCUAUGAGACCACAAACUGUUGUUAACACAGAAGCUGCACAAGCAGGACAUGGGCAGGCUGACAUGGCUGGACGCCAUGAUGACAACAGGAGCAAUAGCAAUGAAUUAAUAUCUCAAGGUCACCUGCAGUAUGCUCAAACCAACCAAACUGGGGUAACCACUAGUAUGAAGGAUGGUUCCAACUCACCUAGACACUUACCGGCUCCUCCACUUGGACAAGAAAGCAAUACACCAGAAAGUCCUGGUGUGGGAGGCAAUCUGGGUGGUCAGAUCCAGUUGUGGCAGUUUCUUCUUGAACUGCUUUCAGACAAGAGAAAUGUCAACUGUAUAGCUUGGGCUGGUCACAACGGGGAGUUCAAACUGCUGAACCCUGAUGAGGUAUCACGUUUGUGGGGAUUACGGAAGAAGAAACCAAACAUGAAUUACGACAAGUUGAGUCGAGCUAUUCGAUAUUACUAUGACAAGAAAAUCAUGCACAAAGUGCCCGGCAAGAGAUACGUGUAUAGAUUUGACUUUGAAACUCUUGCCAUGAUUGGUAACCCCAGUGAGCUGCCAGCCAAUGCCACUGGAACAUCGACUACUGUUGGGACUGUCCAAGUUGCCCCUGCUGGUCUGACAGCAACUGGAAGUAACCCUAAUCUGCUACGAGUAAUGCAGUCAGAUGUACCUGUAAGCAUGAGAAUGCCAACUCUUGCUGUGCAACAGCAAUUUCAAAGUGGCUCGAUGCCAUCCAUCCCCGCUAUGACUGCACAACAUGCCGCGAUGACUGCCACUCACCCUCACCCUCUUGGCUACCAUACUGGAACAUACUUGGAGAUUCCCCCAACUCAAACACAGCGUCCAAACAGUGCACCGCCGGCUCCUGUUAUGGGACUCUUGCAGAUUCCAAGUUUGACACAGUCUGGUAGGAGAGAAUAAAUGGCAAUACUUUUUCAGCUGCUGUUUACUUUGUCGUGGAAUGUGCUCGCUCAGAUUGACUGGGAGUUUUGAAAGUUGUUAGAUGUGCUGUAUGAUGUUGACAGUGAGUAUUAGUACUGAAAUGUUCAGUAAGAGAUGAUUUUGCUUGUAAUGUUAAAGAUGUAGAUUUUGACUACAUUCUGCUUUAUUAGUAGUUGAAAGCUAGUUUUAAGUCUACUAUUUUGACCUCAGAAUGCUGACUCAUCAAAAUAGGUCAGAGAGUAUGAUGUACAUUCUCUAUAAUAGUUUACAUACAGUAUAUGGACUUUAGAAAGCUCAA